GCUAGCAAUCGAGGGGACACUGACGUAGCGUUGUAUAAGUGUGUGGUGAAGAGUGGUACACGUUGAUGUGGAAGGAAUUAAAUUUAGUUUAAUAGUUUAUACAAAUAUUAUAUUUAUACAGUCUUUAUUUGAACCUUGUUAGAAUAUACUUGUAACAUGCAUUCAGUAUUUACAAGAGGGAAUGCCAUAUUGGCUUACACGUUAAGUGUUCUUGCGGCACUUACGUUCUGUUGUUUUAUAUCUACCGUUUUCAUUGACUACAGAACUAACGCUGCUAUGAAUACCGUCAAAGUUGUCGUGAAGAAUGUUCCAGAUUACAGUGCUUCUCGAGAAAAGAAUGAUCUUGGAUUCCUUACAUUUGACUUGCAAACAGAUCUGACUAACUUGUUCAAUUGGAAUGUAAAAGAGCUGUUCCUGUACCUUACAGCAGAAUAUUCAACUGCAGCUAACAAAUUAAACCAGGUUGUUCUGUGGGACAAAAUAAUUUUACGUGGAGAAAAUACAGUUUUGGACUUCAAGAAUUUGAACACCAAAUACUACUUUUGGGAUGAUGGCAAUGGAUUAAUGGGCAACCCUAAUGUCACUCUGACUCUGUCAUGGAACAUUAUUCCAAAUGCAGGACUUCUUCCCAGUAUAUUUGCUUUGGGCCAACAUGUAUUUCACUUCCCAUCAGAGUACACAACAUCCAGGGUUUAAGAAUGAAGUAUCAUGUUUGGUAUAUGAAAGGUGGUAUACAGUCUGUUUCUGUACAUUGUGUUGAAAUAGUCUGUAUAUAAAGAAAAUCACAGCACACAUUCAUGAUUAAACUGUUUUUAUUUAAUGUGAA